GUUUAGUUACAAUACUAAUAUUUAGUCUAAGUAUUCCGAGCAACGGUGCCGCAACGGUUUAAAAAGUGUGCUGAGAAAUCGAACUAUUUUCUCGAAUAUUGUUUAUUUAAUUUUUAAAACAAACCAUCAUUUUCCGAUUAAUUUUAUUUGUGCGCUUUUUUUUUAACAUAUUAAUAUAAAAAAUGAGUUGAGAACAAAGUUCGCAGAACGCCUUCACCAUAUUUGCCGAAAUAAGAGUGGGCAGUAUGAGGGUGCACUUUUUGUGACACGUAAUUCGAAAUUACAAAUAUACAAUAACUUAGAGCCACUUUUGCUUGCCGCUCGGUCAGUGUUUUCACGACUGUACUAAAAGUUGAAAGUGUUCCAGGUGAAUGACUCUUUUGAAUGCUAUCGGCUUCCGGUCAAGCCACCCUUUGACUUUCGUCACGACAACAUUGUAAUGUGUACGUGAAAGCAAACAUUCUUUUGUACAUAUGACUGCUUACAAACAUAGUUAUCGCAAAUGAAAGAACCCUGAACUACGGUGGUGUUUCGUAUGUUUCUGACCAUUCAAGUGAAACAAAUUAUUUGUAUUUCUGAUGAAUUAUGGUACAUAACGCCUAAUAUUGAGCUGCAAUUGCUCAUUGUAACUGCCCAUAGUUAGUGUUGUUUCAAAUUUGUUAGUGUCCAUAUAAAUUAUGUGUAAAAAACUCAAAAAAUUAAGAAAGUUCACAAUCAUAUAUUGGGCAGUGAAGUUACAGUCUUCCUUAUUGAGAAGCAAAAAUUGUAUUAUAUGAUGUGUAAAGGUAAAUACCACAAAAACGAGUCAUAGUUUUUUGCUCGCAACGAAAUUAUUAUCAGAAACAAAUAUGCUUCACCAAAAGGACUGCUUUGCUAAUGCACAAUACAAUUUCACCGCCAUUAAAAUCACUAGUUUUAAUCGACAUAAUAAAAAGCAACGACAGCCUAAACAGUUUCUCAUACUAUCAAGGAAUCCGUGACUGUAAUCACUCCGAACAACAAUAUUGAAUAUACUUUGAAUUGAAAAUGAGGAUUACUUAUCAACGCACAAUUCUCUUAUACGGCGCAAUUUUAAUGUUUCUCAAAUUAAAUGCCACGACUGGUGCUAUCUUGGAUUCACGUUGCUAUCUUGAAGGUGGCGGUUCAGCAGAGAGCUUUCUCGCCAAUGAAGAUCUGGAAGUGGGAGCUAUUAUUGGAAAGCUACGAAUAAAUGGAAAUCCCGAAAUAGAAGGAGGUGAUAUCGAUUUAUCUCUACGCGAAAAAGAUGCUCCAAUCAAAAUAAUAUCAAGCACGAAAGAUUUGUCUCUAACUGUGGAAUUGGACAAGGAAGGAGUUCUGGGGCCCUCAUCAGUUUAUGUAAAUGUUAUUUGUACUCGUCGUCGAUCUACUGAUCCGAGUUUUGUGAUUCCGGUUAAYGUACGCGUAAUCGAUGUGAACGACAACUCCCCGAUUUGGAUAAGUGCACCAUAUAUCGUAACGCUUUCUGAAGUUACUGUAUCCGGUACAAGAAUACUACAAGGUGCACAUGCAGAAGACGCAGAUCAACCAGGUCCAUUUUCUACGGUCGAAUACCAAAUAUUACCCGGACCAUAUUCAGAUUUUGUCCAGUUUUUGAACCCUCUCGAAGGUACAUUAGUACUAAAAAAGUCGUUGGACUACGAAACUAUGCAAAAUUUUACAGUGAAACUUAGGGCUCAAGAUCAGGGCARUCCGCCAAAAUAUACGGACACAACACUAAGAGUAGUGAUUACAGAUGCAGAUGACCAAAACCCUAAAUUUCAAUAUAACUCCUACACUGGAGAGCUCCCGAGCGAUGGACGUCCCGGUGAUUUAAGGUUACGUCCAGAACCCAUAAAAGCUGUGGACCAAGAUGAAGGCAUAUGUGCUCCUAUUCAGUAUACAAUUGUUCAAUCACAGGAUACGACAUACUUUCGAAUAAACCCUCAUAGCGGCAUUAUAACAUUACUGACACCCAUCGGCUAUGCGGAUCUAGUUAACGGUGCGACACUGGUGGUGAAGGCAACACAAAUAGACAACGCCGAUCGCUAUGCUUUAACAACCGUUAUGUUAACUCGGCAAGGAGUGCGUUCUGACUUUAGUGCGCUGUCAUUUGUGCAGCAAAAGUUUUUCAUGCGAAUACGCGAAGAUACCCCUGUGGGAAAUCGUAUUUUAGCAUUGCCUACUAACAAACCRGGAAAACACUUAAAAUAUACAAUAYUGGAUCCUGUAAAUUCUCAAUUUUUUAGUGUGGGUUCAUUGGGUGAAGUAAUAUUAGUUAAGCCUCUCGACUAUGAGAAAAUGACAAARCAUAAUUUCCAAGUAAUGGCAACGGAUGGUUUGACAAAUAUUACUUCAGAUAUAACGAUGGAAGUUAUCGAUGUAAAUGACUGGGAACCUAGAUUUCGAGAGACGCAUUACGAGUUUGUGAUUCCAAAGAACCAGGCUCUUCACUCGUCAUCUGAAUCAUUGGAAGGUGUAAUUGUUGGAAAAGUAGAAGCAGCCGAUGGUGAUCGUAACGACAAACUCGAGCUAUCAUUGAAAGGACAACACGCUAGUCUUUUUGAAAUAGAUACUAAGGGAUGCAUUUACAUGCGUCCUGAGGAGUUAAAAGGGCUUAAUGAAUCCACAGUUCAUUUAGUAGCCACAGCAACUGAUUCAGGGAUUCCACCACGUAGUACCUCUGUGCCAGUCACUGUGACCAUGGAAAGACUCGCAAUUGCUCAAACAUCUUGGAGUACCAGUUUCAUAGGAAUGUUAGGCAUAAUCAUAAGUGUAUUUAUUAUUAUUAUUAUAAUUCUCACAUGUUACAUAAUCCACUCAAAGAGCAAACGGCGAAAGGGCACACCUCCUUUAGGACGAAAUCGGGUUCACAGCCACGCACACAGCACAAUGUCUUCCGCAAACUUAGUUACUCACGAAAAAAUUUCCAAUAAUGGUACUGGAACUGUUGUCACGAGCGGCAAUAGUGGGGUUUCUGUGUUGCAUAUGAAGCAUGACGGUAAUAUAUCAAUGUCAAACCCAAUUAGCAGUGGUCUAAAUCAUUCCGCAAUUGGCAAGGGCCUGGCAUCGAAUUUGGAACAUGAAGCUAAGGGUGAUCAGGAGUGUGAUCGGGAAAGACAGCGAGAAAGUUAUGCGGCGACAGUAAGAAUCAUUCUUCCAGGUAUAGUGUCGCGAGCCUCUGCCAAUGGGCAGUUGUACGAAGAAGAUGAAAUAGAGAAUGACUCCCUUUCAAACAAGAACAGAGAAUCAGGUAACAACAGUAAAGAAACAGCGUGGAAAGAGUCAACUAGUUUGCAAAGAGGAGCAACUUCCAUACCAAAWUUAGACUGUAGUAUCGUUAGAGCUUCCAACCUUCUGUCGGCAACAGAAAUAAUGGGUUCKUCGGAAAAUAAUUUAACUGUAUAUUUUUAGACAUUUUGAAAAUCAAUCAAGAACUUYCCCUUAAUCCUCCUUGUUUUCGAAACUGGAAAUUAUUCGUAGUAAUUGAUAAGGUUUAGAUUCGUUCAUUUAGUCAUAGUUUAUAUAUAAUUAUAUAGUCAUUUGAAUAAUUGUCAUUCCAUGUCUUCAACGAAAACAGUUAUAAUUAUUAUGAAUUUCCCACUUCAUACUUCCGCAUUAAAAUUUUGUAAUAUAAAAACUAAAAUUCAUGGGCAAAGUACGUCAGUUCGCCGCUGGAAUUAUAAUUAUUAUUGUUUCUCUAAGAAUUACUUGUAAUAAAAAUCUGUGUCUGUGUAUAUUUUGAAAAAGCGUAAGUGGAUAUAAGAUGAAUGCUACGGUUGGAGCAAUAAAGUCAAACCUACAGMACACAGAAUAGUAAAAAUACCAAAGUACUUCAGUUUAAGUCGACUUAUAAUUCCUUAAAAUAUGAAAUAUUUGCUCAAUAAUGUAUUUAUUUAGUACCUAUUAAAAUACAAAUUCUUGUGAACGAAAAUUUCGUUGUCUGGAUUAACAGGUUAGUCAAGCAUUAACACCAUAAUUAGUUAGUCAUAAUAACACCAAAUAAAGAGAUGCCCAUCUCUCCUGUCACAUGAAGUGUGAGAAGCGMUCACCAGUGUUUGAAAAACUACGCUACUCCCGUAGCAUUUCAUUGCUAUUGCUACCGCUCUUACUUUGUCGGGAGCCAUAGCAAAGUCRUAGCAUAACAAUGUAAAAGUAUGUGCUCUUCUCUUCUUCGAGUUUUGUAAAAAGAGGUAGGUACGUAAAAAACUAUAGCCGUAGUGAGAGAAAAAAAAUGAAGUGCUGUGCCGGCCACAAUAGAAAAUGUUAUAAAAAAUGCGUAUUUUGARGCGCCUUCACACUGGAAUAAGUUGGGCAUCCCAUUAUCCCUGAUUAACACACCAAGCUUUAUACAAUCUUGCAUAGGAUAAUGUUCGUAUAUAGAUCGCAGAUUGCAAAAAUCCUAUACCGAAAUAUAMAAGGGCACGAGAGCAUCCAUUKCAGAAUCUAGUGAUAUAUGAACGCCUAUUCCUUCAAUUUAUUGUCAUAUGUUGAAUACAAUGCUCGCGACAGACUGCAAACGACAUCUGUCAACAAAUAUUGAAAUACACACGCUCUUAUGGACAGAUCUAUUUUGACAGCUGCACGACUACACGACUGCARGCCGACAGUUGUCAUUCUCACUAACUUCAAUUUUAUCCUAUAUUUGCCAACAACAGUAGAGUUGACAGUAGAAUGGAAGAUAGAGA